UUUCGCUACUGAGCACACCCGGCGCAGCUGUUGUUGUGCAUUCAGGAAGCUAAGAGUCGCCGCGCGGGGUUCUUCUCGGUCUACAAUGCGGAGCAUGACACAAACUCUCUCACACUGAUUCAGAGCCCUUCAAGUCCGCCGGACGCAAUUGUUUGCAGCGAAACGGAAUGUUGUCACUUUUUUUCAGGAAGAUCAGUUUCCAUUGGACAGAAGGACACUUUUAUUUAUUAGCGGUCGCGCGGCCCAAAGAACGUACCGCUCAUUUACGAUGAGCUGUUUGGAUCUUAUGUACCCAGCCUAUGGACAUUACGCACCGUACGCUCCACCUGCUUCUGCUUUCAUUAAUAGCAUACCGGCUCCCAUAAGUCUCAGCACUGCUCCUCACUGCCGCGACUUCAUGGACGCUCACAGCAGGGGCCCAACAUCGGCCGUCUCUGGGGGCCCCAUUGUAGUCCCCAGCGGCUCUGCUUCCUCUUCCUCGGCCUCUUCGUCGACCUCCUCGUCCUCCUUAGCCUACCCCCCUCCUCCUCCUCCUCCUCCUCCUCCUCCGCGAGAGGGCCCGUCCCGGUCGGCUGAGGGCCCGAAGGACAAGCAUGAGGCCCCUGACGCUGAGUACCUGACGUCCCGCUGUGUGCUCUUCACCUACUACCACGGGGACAUCAGCAGUGUUGUGGACCAACACUUCUCCCGGGCCCUCAGCUCCUACAUAGACGGAGAGGGCAAGAGACGGGCCCCGGAGCCACACAGCACAGCGCCGUCACCGAACACCAGGCGGAGUUUCCCCCCGUCGUUCUGGGACAGCAACUACUCCCCGCCCCAGCCCCGCUCCCACUGCGAGGGCGGAGCUUAUUCCAUGGACCCGUACGGCUCGGGGCUCCGCCCGGGCCUGGCCCACCCCCACGCACACCCCCACCCCCACGCCCACGCCCACGCGCACGGCCAUCCCCACCCCCACGCCCACCCUCAUUCCCACCCCCACCCGUCGGAGGGCUGGGGUUACGCCCAGAGCCAGCCCUACGGUCCCCCGAGAGCCCUCCACGAACUGUACUCCCCCGCGGCGUUGGAGCCCCACUACGGGCCCUUGCUCAUGCCCGCGGUCCGGCCCCCGCACCUGUCCACACUGCCAAGCCCCUACGAGGUGAGCAAGCUGGAGGCCGGUGGCUCCUGGCCCGGCCUGCUUCCCCCCGGGGACGUCAGCCAGAGCCUGGCCCUCAACAUGGACGCAGGGCUGCAGCAUCACAAGAAAGGCAAGGAGCUGUACUGGUUCUAACGAGGGGUCCACAGUCACCAUCGACCAGUCAUUACCCCGAUCCAAUUAGAGCCCGGCCACUCUCUCUCCUCCCGCUGUAUGGAGGCAGCCCUUCUCUCUCUUUAUCCCUCACA